UCCAGAUGCUCUCAAUAUUUUGUGCUGACAAAAAGUUUACUUUAUGUUCGUUGUCUCCCAGGUAAACGCAAAGCGCUGAAGUUAAAUUUUGCAAAUCCACCUUUCAAGUCCACAGCAAGAUUCACCCUAAAUACUUCUGGAGUUCCUUUCCAAAAUCCACACAUAGAGAGACUGAGAACACACAGCAUUGAAUCAUCAGGAAAAUUGAAGAUUUCCCCUGAGCAACAUUGGGAUUUUACAGCAGAGGACUUGAAAGACCUUGGAGAAAUUGGACGAGGCGCUUAUGGUUCUGUCAACAAAAUGGUCCACAAACCAAGUGGGCAAAUUAUGGCAGUUAAAAGAAUUCGGUCGACAGUGGAUGAAAAGGAGCAGAAGCAGCUUCUGAUGGACCUUGAUGUAGUGAUGCGAAGCAGUGACUGCCCCUAUAUUGUUCAGUUUUAUGGCGCGCUCUUCAGAGAGGGUGACUGUUGGAUCUGUAUGGAGCUCAUGUCUACCUCGUUUGAUAAGUUUUACAAAUAUGUAUAUAGUGUAUUAGAUGAUGUUAUUCCAGAAGAAAUCUUAGGCAAAAUCACUUUAGCUACUGUGAAAGCACUAAACCACUUAAAAGAAAACUUGAAAAUCAUUCACAGAGACAUCAAACCUUCCAAUAUUCUUCUGGACAGAAAUGGAAAUAUUAAACUCUGUGACUUUGGCAUUAGUGGACAGCUCGUGGACUCCAUUGCCAAAACGCGGGAUGCAGGGUGCCGGCCGUACAUGGCGCCAGAGAGGAUAGACCCCAGCGCGUCCCGGCAAGGCUACGACGUGCGCUCGGACGUCUGGAGCUUGGGGAUUACAUUGUACGAGCUGGCCACGGGGCGAUUCCCCUACCCCAAAUGGAACAGUGUGUUUGACCAGUUGACACAGGUAGUGAAAGGAGACCCACCACAGCUGAGUAACUCAGAGGAAAGGGAGUUUUCCCCAAGUUUCAUCAACUUCGUCAACUUGUGCCUUACAAAGGACGAGUCCAAAAGGCCAAAGUACAAAGAGCUUCUGAAACAUCCCUUCAUCCUGAUGUAUGAGGAACGCACAGUGGAUGUUGCAUGCUAUGUUUGUAAAAUCCUGGAUCAAAUGCCAGCAACUCCCAGCUCUCCAAUGUACGUGGAUUGAUACUGCUGCUACAUCAAACUCUAGAAAAAGGGCUGAGAGAAAACAAGCUGUAAAGAAUUUUCAUCACAUAUUGCAGUGUUUUUAAUGCUCGCCCAGACACCAUGUGCAAUAAUAUUGGUGUUAUUUCCAUCCUGUCUGUAUACUGUUGUCACAUAUAAAGUGCAUCCCUGUAAUAUCUGAUCACACAGUGUUAGUGUUGGUCACAGAGAGACCUCAUCUUGCUCUUUUGUGGACAUAUUCAUGAAAUGUGGAAAUAAGUACAUUUAUUUGUUGACUGUGAUUGGAUAGCACCUAAAAUUCAUUUCUAGACUCAAAACUUGGAGACUCCUCAGCAGCUACUGGAAAGAUUUUUCUCUCAAACUCUUCCGAUUGUUGUUUCAAGUAAUAAUAAAAAGCAAACAAACAAAAUUUAGGCGUUGUCUGUCUGAACAUUAAGAGACUUUGCCUGGAGGGAGAAGAACUUGCUUAACCAACGAGAUGCUUUGCCUUCUGGAGCUGGAAAGGCAAAGGAGAAUUUUAUUCUUCACAAAGUGCAAUAGAUUUACUGCUAUGAAAUUCUGUUGCUUUACAGUCGCAGUGUACUUUCUGGGGACAGUGUGCUCAGCUGAACUUCCUGUCAAAGAGAGAUCAUGUUAAAUAUAGUGAAUAUGUCUUUACCAAAAAUAUGUUGUGUUGAAAGAGGCUAACAUUAAACUAUUGAGAUGGGACAUAAUGUAUUCUUCCUCCUUUUACCAAGCCAGCCACUCUUCACUCUUAACUAGGUGUCCUGUAAAUUGUUACCUGGUAAGAUAAGACCUUUGACCUGAAGAAUUAUUAAACUACUUGAUUGAAUUUAA